UCAUGUUCGCACGGUUUGCUUGCCAAACAGUGGCUUCCAUCAUGACAUGGCGAAACAGAGGCAGUCGGCAAGACUCAUGGACUCAAAACUCCGGUUUUGGUCAUCGGGGGCGAAAAUGGAUCGUGUUCAACGAACGUUAUUUCAUGAAUUGCGUGAUCCACAUCCAGUUGCACUGACCAUCAACCAAAGAACCUUGGAUAUGCAAGAAAAUUAUCAUUCGAAUCACGUGCGCAAAAAAUCGUUGAAACCAACAACUUGCACAGGAGCAGAUUGGCCUCUGACCGAUUUGAAGCAGGUCCCCAUUGUACAUAGCGUUGUUGCCAUGAACAGUCUGGAACUCACACAACACGCGGAGCGGCUGUGCGCACGGCCAUCCGUUGCCAGGGGGCAGCCUUCAGGCGACUGGGACGCAAUCCUCGCCCGUUUUGCACUGUUGGCAUCUGAUAUGGAUGCAGAUUUGAGUAUCCGGCUGUUGCGUUGUUUAGGACGUGCUCAAUUUGAUGACGCAGCUUUACCACAAUUGGUACGUGACCUGCCCAUCGAAGGGAAACCGCCAUCAAACCUUACGUGUUGGUCCUCCGCUCUGCUGGAGCUGCACGAUCGUUUGGGAGACGAGGAGCUGCAGAAAGUGUUCCAAAGAAUAGAACAUGCUGCGCUUCAAUUCUCAGAGGAGACAUGGGGCCUGAGUGCGCCAAUGAUGCUGGUGAGCCUUGUUCGUGCUUCCUCUACGUCCUCAAAGUUGCUAUGGGGCCCAUCUUGCAACCUCUUCGUUGGCGCAAUUGCUCGCCAUGCUGCAAGGAUGGGUCCCAUGCAUUUGGAGAUCUCAGCCUUUUCCUGCUCCAGAGUCUUCAGGUUCUCUGCCAAAAACCCUCAAGCUUCUGAAAAAAUCGCUGAAGCUGCCAAAGUGCUGCUGGAGCAUGGAACUCGUCGCGUUUCACGCUUCGUGCCUAGAGGUAUGUUGAACUUUUAUGUGGCGCUGGAACGCAUCCUUGGUCCUUUGCAGGUUGCGGGUCUUGCGUUGCAAGUUGCACGGCGAUUGCAGCAGUGUGUGCCUGGUGAUUUAGAAGGUUGCUCUGCUGGAGAUAGAUAUCGCGCCACGCUAUGCUUGUUGCGGGCCUGUGAAAUCGAUGUGGCAGAAACGCGGCAACACGUGCCAGAGGCCCUGAAGCUGCUCCUGGACGGAGAUGGCAGGCGGAAAUUCUCGCCUCAUGGUCGUGAUGCCAUCCGCCGGAGGCUAAAGGCAUGCUUUGGGGAGCUGAAGCACCUACAGGACUUGCUUGACCAAACCGAAGAAAUGGAAUGCGCUGUGUCGACGAAGAAAAACAGGGCAUUGUGUGUUGCCACACCAGUGGACAUGAAUUGAUUGUGCCAGCAACAGCGGC